GUUCCAGUAAUUAGUAUAGUUCAAUGCUGACGCUGCACCUUCCGAGAGGGCACUUUUGUGACGCACGGUAACGGGCACUAACGGGUGGUGUACAGUGGUGAAAAUCGUCUACGGUGUAAUUUUCAUUUCGUUUAACGCUGAGCUAGAUUUGGCAUUAUAAUUUUACACUAUGGGGGACUCCGAUGAUGAAUACGAUAGAAAGAGAAGAGACAAAUUUAGAGGAGAGAGAACAGAGUCGUAUUCCAGAGAGGGUCGUAGAGAUGAUCGGAGACGAGACGAUUGGGUUGACAGUAGGAAUUAUUUUAGAGAGUGGUCCAGUCGCCCUAGACAACGCCCAGACUACAGGGAGUAUCGUGGUGGUGGAGGUGGCGGACGAGAUAGAUAUAGUCCAGCAAGAUCACAAGAAAUGGCACCUCCGAUGAAAAGAAUGAGAACCGAUUGGGACGAUCGACCAAGAUAUGGACACGAUUAUUACGGUGGUGGUGGUGGUGGUGGUGGUGGUGGUGCCGCUUCCUGGGGACCGGACCACUAUGGGCCACCCCAUCAUGGCAAUCAUCACUAUGGAAACCAUGGUAACAGUAGCAGUCGAGAGGUGGCUGGCAACUUCAGCAAUUCCAAUAUCGAAACCCAACCGCCAAUGAUGACAUUCAAAGCGUUCCUCGGUACCCAAGAAGAUACGAUCACUGAUGAAGAAGCUAUUAAACGCUAUAACGAAUACAAACUGGAAUUCAGGAGGCAACAAUUGAAUGAGUUCUUCGUUGCUCACAAGGAUGAGGAAUGGUUCAAAAUAAAAUACCACCCGGAAGAAUCAGUGAAGAGAAAAGAUGAGCAAGUGUCAGCACUAAAGAAACGGGUUGAAGUUUUUUUGGAAAUGCUCGAAAUGGAAGAGAUAGACAAAGUUUCGGUAGACGCUGAUCAAGCUGACGCCCUCCUACAUUUGUUAGACGCAGUAGUCAUUAAAUUAGAGGGCGGUACCGAGGAGGAUUUACAAGUUUUGGACGUGAAACCAACGAAUCCAAUUUUAUCGAAGGACACAACUAGAGAUAAAGAGGAUACAAAAAAUAAAGCUUCAACUGAAAAGAAACUUGAGAACAGUGACGCAAAUAAAACGGACGAGGCUUCGCGCACAGAGAAAACGUUUAAGAAUGGAGAAAGCGUGGAGACCGAAAUGAAAAGCGCAGAAAAAGAUGAAAAUGGCUCCGUGGUGGAGGCUGAAAAACCUGAAGACAGUAUAGAAGAUGCGAAAAAGGAAGACGAUGUAGAGGAGACAGGUAAGACGGAGGAAGUUAACACUAAAAAGAGGAAACGCACUGACAGCAACAGUAGCAGCAGCAGCAGCAGCAGUAGUAGUAGUUCGUCUGGCAGCGACAGCAAUAAACCUGACACGCCAAAAGAAGAAACAACUGUUACUGAGAAAACAGAUGCCAGUAACGAGAACGAAGAAGCGCGAGAUGCCAAAGAAAAGGACCAGGAGGCCAAAACCGAUGGUGAAUUACCAGAACCUAAAAAGUCUACGAUGGAACCAGAAGCUGUGAUCGAUCUGGCCAGCGAAGACAAGGAGAAAGAACCUAGAGCCUUGCACAGAACUAGUAGCAUCUUCCUUCGUAACUUGGCACCCACCAUCACGAAAGCUGAAGUCGAGGCGAUGUGCAAACGCUUCCCUGGAUUUCUACGAGUUGCAAUAGCAGAUCCCCAGCCAGAAAGAAGAUGGUUCAGAAGAGGAUGGGUGUCUUUCGAGAGACAAGUGAACAUAAAAGAGAUAUGCUGGAGUUUGAACAAUAUUCGGCUUCGGGAUUGUGAGCUGGGUGCCAUAGUAAAUCGGGACCUCUCGCGUCGCAUCCGUACAGUGAACGGUUUGACGUCCCACAAACAGAUAGUUCGACAUGACAUUAAACUGAGCGCCAAGAUCGUUCACAACUUGGACAACAGGGUCGGUCUAUGGAACGAAGAUAAGAAGGAUGACCAUGUGUCCAAGAAAGAUGAAGACAAUAAAGAGAACAGAAGCACACAAAGUGCUCGCGACGUCGAGCAAGCGGCGUUUGGAUUGUCCUCCAAGAAUCCAGUAUUGAAGAACAUAACUGACUACCUGAUAGAGGAAGCGUCAGCCGAGGAAGAAGAAUUAUUAGGAAUGUCCGGUGAUCAAGAAGAAGGACAACUUGGAGGCGACGGAGAUGGUCCGAUUGAAAGAGACCCAACCCUCGUCAAGGUUUUGGACAGAUUGAUUCUCUAUCUACGUAUAGUUCACUCAGUCGACUACUACAACCAUUGCGAGUAUCCAAACGAAGACGAAAUGCCCAACAGAUGCGGUAUAAUGCACGUCAGAGGAUCCCCUCCGACCGCCAAGGUGUCUAGUACAGAAUUAUCGGAGUACUGUCGCAGCUUUGAGAGCAAAAUGUCUGCUUUUCUGCAGCCAGUUGCUACCCUAUCUCAGGAAGAAUUUGAUAAACUAGGCGCUAAAAAUGCUGAAGCUGAGGUGGAAAAAUUCGUUCAAGCCAAUACCCAGGAGUUGUCAAAAGAUAAAUGGUUGUGCCCGCUCAGCGGAAAGAAAUUCAAAGGACCAGAUUUCAUCCGAAAACAUAUUUUCAACAAACAUGCUGAAAAGGUUGCUGAGGUAAAGGCGGAGGCGGAAUACUUCAACAACUAUCUGAAGGACCCGAAGAGGCCACAGCUUCCUGAGCAUCCUGGGAACAAGGCACCGCCCAGAGAAGGCAUACGCGAGGGAUUCAAUCCCUACGGUUGCUCUACGUUUGGAAGUUAUGGCGGAAGCGGUUACGGUGGUAGCAGAGGAGGGUACGGGUCGAGCUAUGGCGGAGGAUUCGGCGGAGGUUUUGGAAUGCCGCGUCCCAGUCGUGGUGGUUUCAAUAGAGGACGGGCUGCUCCGGACUCAACCUCGAGGCCUCUUGUUAGUUAUAAUGACUUGGACCAGCUAGACAUGGACAUGUUCUAAGUUUUAUCGAGCACACACGACUCUCGAGUCUUUUGUACGGGUUUAAAGGCAAUGAACAAAAUCCUCCGUGAUAUAGCAGAUUUACAUCUGGAUUACGUAACACGCAUGCGCAUUAGGCCUGGGACUUCUCAAUUCAAUACUCGAAUAUAUCAACAUCGUUAUUUAAACAUCGCUGAGAAUAAGUUUCCUUUUUUUGGAAAAAUUAGCCAAAUACUUUUCAAAUAUUUCUGCUACUUCCACGGAAGUUUUUUCUACAAUUGAAAAUGUAACGAGUACUAAAACAAACUGAUCACGGCUAAAAAUAUUUAAACAUGUUAGUUUCACAUUACUACAAUACAAAUGUUAUACGGUAUAUCGUUGAUAACAUGUGACGAAUGGCAAUAAAUAAUUUAAAGAAGAAAGGAAGAACUUAAAGUAUUUAAUUUAUAUACUUCAUUAGUGCACAAAAUAUUCGAUUAUUCAAGUAUUGAACCCGGCAAGUAGUCCCCAGCCUUAAUGCACACAGUAGAGUGACAGCAAGUUGCCGAUUACUCAACGUGAUACAAAGUUUCAAAAUUAAAAGAGAAAAAAUUAAAACGAACGUGUUAACUAAAAUUUAGCACAUUUUUAUCCUUGUUUAACAUGGGGUAGAGUUGACGAUCUAUAUAUAUAUAAAGAAAGAAAUUAUAUAUAAUGCCAUAACGUGUAUUUUAGCAUAAAAAAAGACAUUUGGUGUCGCGUUUCCCGGUUAGAAAGCGAUACGGAAAAUCGGCAGAUUCUGUAAUCGUAUGACAAAAGGAAUAACAAAUAAAUAUAUUUGUUACUACUCA